AUGGCUGACGAUUCAGAUGAGGAACAAGUAGGCGAAGAGCAAGUAAAAGAAGAACCUGUACCUGAAAAACCAAAGAAGAUUUUUAUUAAUCAUGUUGAUACGUAUCACGGAAAAAAUAUUGCUCGAAUUUUUGCACGAGUAAAACCAGGUUCAACAGGUGAUACUGGAGGAGAAGAAGAAGAAGCUGCUGAAGAAGAAAAUGGUGAUCCAAGGCAAAAACAGCUAUAUGAUGAAAAUCCCAUUGAAAAUGGUUGGAAAGUAUCAGGAACAAUAAAAAAUACUCAAGGUUACAAACGAGCACCAUUUAUGCAAGAAAUUAUUCAAUAUAAAGAUCGUAAUCAAUUAACUGAAUAUUUAAAAGAAAUGAAUGUUAUCAUUUAUGAUAUAACUCAAGACCCAGAACAAGUCGAUGAAGCAGUAUGGGCUUGUCAAAAAUUAGAAUCACUUAUAAAUGAACUUGAUCAUCAAAUAACAUUUAUUCUUCUUUCAUCGGUUAUGACAUGGGCAAAAACACCAGCAAAUGAAGAUGAAGUACCAUAUUCUGAAGAUGAAUUUCGUCGUCGUCGAGCUCAUCCAAAUUUUAAAGAACGUCAUAGUGCUGAAAAAUUAAUUACAAAACUUGGUUUAACCAAUAAAAAGAAAUUAUUAACAUAUGUUGUUGCUACUGGUUUAACAUACGGCAUGGAAGAAAAUGUUUUUCAUUAUAUAUUUAAAGCAGCAUGGCAUAAUGUACCUGAAGUUCCAGUAUUUGGUAAAGGUCAAAAUUCUUUACCAACGAUUCAUAUUAUCGAUCUUGCUGCUGUUUUACAAAAUCUUGCCGAUCAACAAUUCAAAAUUCGUUAUAUUGUUGCUACUGAUACAAGUAAAGAUACAUUAAUACGUAUUACACGCAAAGUUAGUCAAGCACUUGGUAUGGGCAGAGUAAAAACUGUUGAUGAAGAAGAUGCAAUGCUCAAUCGUGAUAUUACGCAAGCUGAUUAUGAUAUGUUACUUUCAAAUAUGCAGUUCGAACCAAUGUUUAUUCGUGAACAAAUGAAUAUCAAAUGGCAUUGUGAAAAUGGUAUACCAGAAAACAUUGAAAAAAUUGUCGAAGAAUAUCGUACACAACGAAACUUAAGACCAAUUAAAAUAUGUGUUCUUGGUCCACCAGCAGCUGGAAAGACAACAAUUGCAAAACAAUUAGCACAGGAAUAUAAAUUACAUUAUCUUUCAAUAAAAGAUGUUAUUGAAGAAACAAAAAAUGAACUAGAACAAUUAGUCAAGCGCAGUGAUGAAAGUGAACAAAAUGAAGAAGAAAUCGAUGAAGAAGAUACGGAUGAAACAUUAGCAGAUCGUGUUGAUGAAGCACGAAGUGUUUUAGAAAGACUUGAAGAAGCACGACGUGAUAAUAAAGAUGCUCGUUUGGAUGAUGAUCUUUUAACACAAAUUUUCAAAAUCAAACUUAUGUCACCACCAUGUCAAAAUCAAGGUUAUGUACUUGAUGGUUAUCCAAAAACAUCUGAUCAAGCACAAAAUCUAUUUGGAGCUGCUGGUGAAGAAGAAGAAGAAGGUGCAGAAGAUAAAAAACCACCAGUAAACGAACAAAUUAUUCCAGAGCAUGUUGUUAUACUCGAAGCAAGUAAUGAUUUUCUUCGUCAACGUAUUAUGCACUUACCUGAAAAAGUCGUUGCUGGUACACAUAAUACUGAAUUAGAAUUUAAACGUCGAUUGAAAACUUAUAAUGAUCUUGGUGAUGAUUCACAUCCAGCAAAAUUCUUCGAAGAAGUUGAUCGACCAGGCGAAACAAUGAAAAUUGAUGAUGAUGUAAGUGUAAAUCAUCGAAAUAUCGUUAAAAAAAUCAUGGAUCGUGUUAAAGAACCACGUAAUUAUGGUCCCACAGCUGAAGAACAAGAAAUAGCGAAACGUAAUGAAAUAGCUGAAAAAGAAAAACGUGAACGUGAAGAUCGCGAAGAACGUGAACGAAAUGAAGAAGAAGCAGCUAAUGAUCGAGCAAAGAAACAAAAAGAUUGGACAACGAAAUUAGAACAGAUUAAACGUGAAGAAUUUCAAAUGCUUGAUGCACAAUCAACACCAUUAAGAAAUUAUCUUAUGGCACAUGUUAUGCCAACAUUAACAAAAGCAUUGAUUGAAUGUUGUCAAGUACGACCUGAUGAUCCUAUUGAUUUUGUGGCUGAAUAUCUUUUCAAGGAGAACCCUCAAGUGUGA